AUUUUCACUACGCGUAAUAAAUUAAUCAUUCAAGUGGUGUGAGCCAAAUGCGGCGGAGAAGCUUCAAAAAGCUGAGACGACAAGACAAAAUAAAUUCUUUUGAUGGAAAAAGAUUCUGGGGAUUGUGAGAGAGACCCUAUUAAAUUAUCCCCAGUGGUUAUCAAGGGGAUCCAGUCCUUGAGAGAUGUUUCAGACAAUGAGGUAGCUCACAGGAUCAUUGAGAAGAGCUUCCGGAGGGUUGUUGGGGAUGAAGAUGAUAGAAGAGUUGCAGAAGAUGCUCCUGAUGCAUCAGUGGAAGCUUCAGUAGCUUUAAUUGAAUACGCUUUGGUGAGUCUUGUGGUGAUUGCGGCUAAAAACAACCUCACCAGCAAUGAAUUGAGGCAUUUGGUGAAUCAUCACGGUGCCGGGGAGUCCCUAUCUGGCCAAAUAGCCCGGAAAUAUGAAUUAUCCCUGCCUGAUCUACUCGCCAAACUCUCAACGUACGGCUACACGGAGCCCUUUGUUGCUGAUGCCAACUGGAAGAUGUCCUGUAGCAUUCAAUCGCACACAUCACUAAACACUCACGGAGAGUUGCUCUACAAGAUAUCCCUGGAGGAUGUUGACAGCACAUUGGGCAGUACAAAAUCAAUAGCUAACUUCACGUGCAACACAGAGGAACUACAGGCACUCAUUGCAAAACUAAAGGACAUUGAGAGGCAUUGUGAUAAAAUUGGAAAGCAAUAAAAUACAAGAUGCGCGAUUUUA